CUUACGCAAGAGUCGUGGUAUCCUAACCAACCGCAAAGACGCAUUAUGUGGGCGAGGGCAAAAACCUUCCUCGCUUUUCUUUGAAGGGGGGAACGCAAGGGAGAGAUGGGCGUGACAACCGAGAGUCAGGUUCGGACCGAAAUUGCCCUUAUGCUGGACUAACAUCCUCGCCGUCUGCUGUGUAACCGAUGACACUGGUGUGGCAAUGCAAACCGCACGAUGUGAUGACGGAGAAAUCAACGUUACCGUAGCAGAUGGUGAUUAGACAGCGCAGCGCCCGAUUUUGAUGCCGCACGGGGAUUGACAAACCAAGGGUGUUCAAGGCAACUGGUCCUGCGACGCAGAUAUCAGCGGCUGUGAGCCCCCGCUCCUCGCCCUUGGACAUGGUUUUAGAGGGGAGCUCCGAAGCCCUGUGCCCCCCACCACCACUGGAGCUGCGCCCAUCAUGCAACAAAAGUCAGCCGUCGAUGCCCCUGGGCUCAGGAUCCCAGCCCCAUGAUGCCCUCUUCCCUGGGGACAAGGAGCCUGUCAAGUAUGGAGAGCUGAUCGUGCUCGGACAUAAUGGUUCACUAGCUAGUGGGGACAAAGGACGCAGGAGGAGCCGGCUGGCCCUUUACAAGAGACCGAAAGCCAAUGGUGUCAAGCCUGAUGUCAUCCACAAUGUCUCCACACCUCUGGUGUCAAAGGCCCUGAGCAACAAAAGCCAACACAGUAUCUCCUACACGCUGUCAAGGAGUCAUUCUGUUAUUGUGGAGUAUACACAUGACUCUAACACAGAUAUGUUUCAGAUCGGCCGUUCCACAGAGAGCAUGAUUGACCUAGUGGUGACGGACUCGGCGGGCGGGGGCGGAGGGCAGGGCCAAGGCCAGGGGGGCGCCGGAGGAGAUGGCGGUCAGUCGGCCCAGAGCACGAUCUCUCGCUAUGCCUGCCGCAUCAUAUGUGAGCGCAGCGCCCCUUACACAGCUCGCAUCUAUGCUGCUGGCUUUGACUCUUCCAAAAACAUCUUCCUUGGGGAGCGUGCUGCCAAAUGGAGGACCUCAGAUGGCCUAAUGGAUGGACUGACCACCAAUGGGGUGCUAGUGAUGCACCCUGCGGGGGAAUUUGUGUCCGAGCCGACACCGGGGGUGUGGAGGGAGAUCUCAGUGUGUGGCAAUGUCUUUGCCCUCCGAGAGACACGCUCCGCCCAACAGAGAGGAAAACUGGUGGACAAUGAGUCAAACACACUGCAGGAUGGCUCCCUCAUCGACCUGUGUGGGGCUACCCUGCUGUGGCGGACACCCAGUGGUCUACGCAGGACACCCACGCUCAAGCAGCUAGAGUCCCUGCGGCAGGAGCUGAACGCGGCACGGCCACAGUGUCCCGUGGGCUUCAACACGCUGGCCUUUCCCAGCCUGGCACAGCGUGCCACCGUCGACAAAAAGCAGCCCUGGGUCUACAUGAACUGCGGCCACGUCCAUGGCUACCACAACUGGGGUUUCCGCAAGGAGAAGGCAGGCACGUCCCAAGCGGCAGCUACCGCUGUACCCGGCAUGCCUGGCAGCGGGGGCACAGCGCCCGCCAGCACAGGCGACCGCGAGUGCCCCAUGUGCCGACGGGUGGGCCCAUACGUACCACUCUGGCUGGGCUGUGAGGGGGGGCUUUACCUGGACGCCGGGCCACCCACACACGCCUUCUGCCCCUGUGGCCACGUGUGCUCGGAAAAGACGGUACAGGGCUGGAGCCAGAUCCCACUGCCGCACGGCACACACGCCUUCCACGCCGCCUGCCCUUUCUGUGGGACGUGGCUGACUGGCGAGCAGGGCCACAUCAAGCUCAUCUUCCAGGGGCCCGUCGACUGAGAGUGCAGCUUGCACACUGGAGAAAGGGGCUGACGAAGACUGCUGGACAGGGGGUUCGGGAGGGGAUGACAGAUGGACAGAACUGGUCUGAACCAGGAGACCGAAGUGCUUAAGAAAGACAUAAGAAAUUGCUGUGUUGAGAAAAAUGUAAAUAAAAGGUGAUGAAAUAAAAAGGAGAUGAA